ACUAAACAAAAUUCCCCACCCCGCGCAGUGCUAGACUGACGCUUAACACGAAAACACGUGUCGCCCGUACCAGAAUAGACCGUUGUUGAGCGACAAACCGACACUUUGGUCAUUAAGUCAGUUUUUCGGUGCCAUCAUUGGUUUUUUUUUAAAAUGCAUCGAAGAGACAAAUUGUUGAAACUCGCUCUGGAUCUUCAGGCAGAAAAUAGCGCAGAACCAUCGACCUCGCAGAAAUCUCGCAGGGUAAGCUGCUCAUCUUCUCAGAGUUCAUCUUCCUCGAGCAGUUCUUCGUCUUCAAGUAGCGCUGCUUCUACAAUUGGCUCCUAUGUUUCGGGGUCAAUAAAAUCUUCAGAUAACAUUUACCGUCCCAUCGCCAAUUCACUAUUACAAAGAAAAGUAUUUGAAUCUUUGCCAAGCACAUCUAAUCUACAAAAACAUGUAACUAAUCAAACUGAAUUACCAAGACAAAGAUCAUUAAGCACCGGUUCUAGGUCUUCUACCCUUUCUUCAAGAGCAGGUGAUUUUUCACCUGACGAUAAUGAUUCUGAUUAUAACCCUGUCCCUGAUAGAAUUAUCGAUGAAAGCUCUGACAACGAGCAAGAAAAUUUAAUAAUAUUACCACCAAAGAAAAAACGGAAGGGUAUUAUAAAUUCUAAAAAGCUAAUAGCUAAACAAUUACGUAAUUCAGGCAAAGAAUACGUUUCUUUAUCAAAAUCAAAAAAAAAUGUGCCCCAGAGAAGCAUGGGACCGCCUUGUUCAGAACGAUGUCGUUUGAAAUGUUUCGAUAAAAUUAAUGAUGGUGACAGAACGAUUAUUUUUGGUUUAUAUUGGGCAAUGGGUUGUGUUACUCGACAACGGGAUUUUAUCAGUAAGAACUUGACUGUUAUUAAACCAAAGUAUAGUUACAAAAAAGAAAAUAGCAAUCGUAAACCAAAGCAUGGUUUCCACCUAACAGUAAAUGGUAAACAAAUACGGGUGUGCAAAAUAUUCUUCAAAAACACUCUGGGGAUUAAUGAUAGACCUAUCAGAACUGUCUUAGAGAAGUUGUGUGAUAGCGGAAUGGUAGAAUCUGACAAAAGAGGCAAACACGGAAAUCAAGUAAAAGUUGUUGAUGAAGUGAUACAGGGUAUAAAAAGUCAUAUUGACUCCAUUCCUCGUAUAGAAAGCCACUACUUAAGAAAACAGACUAGUAGAGAGUACAUCGACGGAGGUAAAAGUUUAUCUGAUUUGUAUAGAGAUUAUAGAAAACUCUGUGAAGAAGAAGGAAAGCCAGCUGGCGAAAUACACACUUAUCGUAAGAUAUUUCACAAAGAUUACAAUAUCAGCUUUUUUAUUCCAAAAAAAGACAUGUGCGAGUUUUGUACAUCUUACGAAAAUAUGAGUCAAAUAGAAAAAGAAACUAACGAGUUGAAGUAUCUAGAACAUCACACAGAAAAAGAACUAAGUCGAAUUGAGAAAAAUGAAGACAAACAAAAGGGGCAAAAAAGUUACGUGGUUGCAUGUUAUGAUUUACAGGCGGUUUUACCGCUUCCUAUGGGUAAGACCUCAAGUUUCUACUACAAAUCAAAGUUAAAUGUAUGUAACUUUACGAUUUGUGAACUUAACAAAGACAACAGUUAUUGUUAUGUUUGGAGUGAAGUAGAUGCUUUGAGAGGAGCCAAUGAAAUUGGCUCAUGCGUCUUAAAGUUUAUUACAGAAAAAUGUCAAACAGUCGAUGACCCGAAUUUGGAAAUUAUAUUUUAUUCUGACAAUUGUUGUGGUCAACAGAAAAAUCAAUUUAUGUUUAGCUUGUACAUGUAUGCUUUAGCUAAUUUGUCAAUUAAGAGCAUUACCCAUAAAUUUUUAAUAUCGGGCCACACUCAAAAUGAAAAUGAUAACGUUCAUUCUGUAAUAGAAAAAUCUGUUAAAAAAUUUCUUAAAUCAUCUCCAAUUUUCGUUCCUGACCAGUACAUUACUUUAAUACAGACGGCUAGAAAACGAGGUAAUGCAUACAAUGUCAACGCUAUGUCAUAUUCCGAUUUUUAUAAUUUAAAAGAUUUUGUUCAGCAAUGUGGCAUUAAGUUUAAUAAAAAUACUGAUGGAGAUGCAGUUAGACUAUCUGAAAUUAAAAUAAUAAAAUUUGUCAAAGAAGAUAACGGAGCAAUAAAAAUAUUUUAUAAGACUUCGUUUACAGAAGAUCAUUUUUAUGAGAUUGAACAAUGUAGACAAACACGGUCUAGGCGCACAAUUAACUGUGUCGGGUUUCCUUUGAAACAACUGAAUAAUGCAAAACUGGAACUAACUUCCAGAAAAAAGAAUGACUUAAGAUCAUUAAUUGACAGUAAUUUAAUACCACGCUAUUAUGCUGAAUCGUUUUACCGAAAUAUUUUGUGAUUAUUUUUUCUUUUUUAUAUUAACUUACAGUAAGACAUCCUGUUUUAUUAUGCAAAAGCGAGAGAUGCAAGUCUGAUUAUGUGAAUUAAGAUUAGCCGAGAGAGGCAAGUGUGAUUAUGUGAAUUAAGAUUAGCCGCGAGAUGCAAGCAUGAUAAAUAUUUUUUGUAAGACAUUUUAUGUGAUAUAAGAGUAUCAGUAGCGCGAAGCUUAAGUAUUGUUUUCUUCCCCUUCUGAAAUCAAAGACUGAUUAAAAUGUAGAACAGAAGUUACCUCAUAGAGAGUUUAGACUGAUUGUUUAAUAACAGAUACCUAAUUAUUAUUUAGAUGUUUCCUUUUGAGAUUAUUUUUGUUUCUUAAAUAAAAGAAUGUUAUUAAAA